AUGAAGGACUUGAUGUCCCGAAAAUUCGAUUUUCAAGAUUUGGCCACAGUAAUUCUUACUCAGACCUGCAGUGCGGUGGUGACUAGACCAAUUGCUGAGAAGCUGUCUGACCCAGGGAGUUUCACAAUUCCCUGCACCAUUGGUAAUUUUGCUUUUGCCAAGGCGCUUUGUGAUCUAGGGGCCAACAUAAAUCUUAUGCCCCUGGCGAUUUAUAAGAGGCUGGGGAUUGGAAGAGCUAAACCCACUUCUAUGUUGUUGCAGCUGGCGGACAGGACCAUAAAAAGACCCUCUGGUAUCUUGGAUGAUGUGUUGAUUCAGAUUGGGGAGCUCAAGAUGAGAUUGAACGAUGAAGAGAUAAUAUUCAAUGUGCAAAAAUCUAUGAGACGACCAAGUGAAUUCGUCAAUUGCUCUAUUAUUGUUGCCGUGGAUGUAAUCGUAGAAACUAAUGAUGAGAUGCUGACUAUUGAGGACCUCUUGCUGCGUGUCUGA